CGCCCUUCGUGCACUUCCGGUUGGAGAAGCGGGACUUCCGGGUGUGUUUCUUGCAACCUCUUUGCUGUCGAUCUCUUCCCCUCUCCCCCCCUAUUUUGAUCAAUGGAGCCCCACGGGCAGGUUGGGGGAGAAUCACAGCGGCCCGACCACGGCGGCCCAGGCCAGAGGUCAAUAGAUGUGCAUUAUAUACCAACGGAAGAUGAACGGAGAAUCUUCAAAGAAUGCAACGAGGAAAGCUUCUGGUACAGAUCUGUGCCGUUGUCUACUAUCAGCAUGCUGGUCACUCAGAUGUUAAUUAAGAAAGGCACUCUUACUGCACAUUCAAGAUUUGGCUCUCUUCCAAAAGUUGCAUUUGCUGGAUUAUGUGGCUACAUUGGUGGAAAACUUUCCUAUAUGAAAGCAUGCCAAGAGAAGUUUAGGAAAUCGGAGAAUUCACCACUGGGAGAAGCUCUAAGGCAACGUAGACCCAUUUCACCUGAAUAUUAUUCUCAGAAACAAGAAUUCUCAAACAUGCCUUCCUCAUCACCGUUUGAAAUGCCUCCAGCAACAGAAGCACCACUUUCUUCCAUGUACUCUGGGGAGAAUCGUCGAUCGGAAUAUUCUAACUCUGAAUAUGAACCAGUCCCUUUUAGUUCUUCCAUGAAUGAAUCUACCCCUACUGGAAUCACAGACAGUGUCCCUCAAGAACCUGUUCCAUCACUUGAAGCCAGUUCAAAGAGAAAAGGAAUCACAUAUGAUGAACUGAGGAGCAGAAACAGAGAGAUGUAUGAAGCAGGAGUAACACAGAAGUCAGAACUUCCACCAAAGUCUUCACAUGAAAGAUUUUCCAAGAAAGAAGAUACAAGGCAACAGGCAAAAGAUUAUAUCCCCCAGCAGAGACAAGUCAGACCUUCUGAAGGUAAAGUUAAUAAAUAUGGAGAUGCUUGGGAAGAGUGAAAAAUCUUUCUACCUCCAGAAUACAUCUCUUCAAUCAAUACUUCUGCUUUAUCGGUGUCCGUCAACUAUCUGAAUGUCCUGCUGUAUUUUUGGAAUACAGACAUACUAUAAUCAAUAAACAAGUAUUUGCCUUUUCACUUGA